UCGACUUUCGCGCGAUUCGCAAGAAGCACCCUAAAUGUACAUUCGGUCGUUGGCUAGCAGCUUGCAUGCUCGUUCGGUUUUCUUUUUUGACUUGCUUGCUUGCGGUUAUAAGCUAUGUACGCUAGUUAGUUUGCGCUGUUAGCAACUUCUUUUCCUUAGAAGCAUACUCACUGCGGCUAAAGCGCAUUGUUGUUGCUGCAUAUCGCCAAAUAGCUUUUGUGUUGUACUUGUGUCGGUUAAAGUUUAUAUUCAUUGCUUCCGCUCAGGCGCAUAUAAACUUUUGCGUUUCAAACAGGAAGCCGUAAACCAUCAUUAAAAACUACGAAUAUAAUAGAAGGAGUUUGAGAAGCCUCUCGUUAAAAUAACUUUCAGCGGAAAAACGACAUUGUUAAUGAAAAGAUGUGUAUAAUGUUGAAAAGCUUUAACACAAAAGCAUAACAAUUCAAAGUUAAAGAAAACUGCAUAAAAACUAAAAAAUUCAAAAAUUGUGUGAACUAAAACAAAUUUAUAUAAAAUAAGGAUGUUAAACUACAUUGAAAGCCAAACAAUUAAAUAAAAUGUUUUGACAAAAACUUAAAACAGGCAAAUAAUCAACAUUUAUUGUUGCUGUUGUUAUUUUAGUGUUUAUACCCAAAGUAACUUGCAUACCAAACCGUCGUUACGACCCAGUUUAUUUAAUCCAAUAAUUAAUUUCUGUUUUAACACAAAUUUAAACGUUUUGCAACUUGCCACCAAAGUUAAUUAAUUAUUUGCUAUAUACUAAACUGAAAAAAAUCACGCCAUGGGUUUAUCGGAAAAUCAAGCCAAUAGCUAUAUGCCAACUAGCACAGGACCUGGUGGUCAAGUUGUCGUCAUGGAGUGCCCAAACCAUCGCAUCUCCAACAAAAAGCUGCAUAUCUUGAAGAAGAUCAAGAAGCGUUUCGGACUAGUUCGUCGCUCACCAUCCUCCUGCCCGGGUCCCAACAACUUGCCACCCCUCCAGUUCCACACCGUACACGGCGACAACAUACGGAUAUCACGCGACGGCACUUUGGCGCGUCGGUUCGAAAGUUUCUGCCGUGCAAUCACUUUCUCAGCACGACCGGUACGCAUCAACGAGCGCAUUUGUGUGCGUUUCUCAGAAAUUUCGAACAAUUGGAAUGGCGGCAUACGUUUCGGUUUCACCAGCAACGAUCCGGCCACACUGGAGGGUGCGCUGCCUAAGUACGCGUGUCCCGACUUAACGAAUCGUCCCGGUUUCUGGGCGAAAGCGCUGCACGAACAGUAUUGCGAAAAGGAUAACAUACUUUAUUACUACGUCAAUUCGGCUGGGGAUGUGAUCUACGGCAUCAAUAACGUGGAGAAGGGUGUCAUAUUGAGCGGCAUCGAUACGCGUGGCUUACUCUGGACUUUGGUGGACAUCUAUGGCAAUUGCACUGCGAUUGAAUUCUUAGAUGCCCGUGUCUAUAUGUAUCAACAGAGCGGUAAUGGACUCGUGGCCGCCGGUGUAGCAUUACCUGCCGGCAAUGGUGGUGUUAUUGGUGCUGGUGGCACAUUGCCUGGUCCACAAAUUCCACUGAAUCCACAUCACCCACAUCAGCAAUCGCGUCGCUCAUUGCCAGCAGUCGAGCAGGAUUUGGAUCGUCAUGUCUUGCCUUCAAUGCAAUCUCUGAACAUCUCCAUGGAACAAAUGCCGUUUGCACAAGAUAUGGCCAAUGGUCUGCCACCGUUACGUUACAAUGCCAACGGCCGCCUUAUACCGGUACCCUUUCACAUCACCAAAGGCCGCAAUGUGCGUCUCUCCAUGGAUCGCUUCAUAGCGUCACGCACAGAGAAUGACUUCUGCCAGGGUUAUGUGUUCACAGCGCGUCCCAUACGCAUCGGCGAGAAGGUGAUUGUACAAAUACUUAAAACCGAACAAAUGUACUUGGGCGCAUUGGCGCUGGGCCUUACCUCUUGUAAUCCGGCGGGACUGCAACCCUCCGACCUACCCAACGAUUCUGAUUUUCUGCUCGAUCGUCCCGAGUAUUGGGUGGUGAGCAAGGAUAUCGCCUCACAACCACAACGUGGUGACGAGAUCGCCUUUUUUGUCGCGCCCAAUGGUGAGGUGACCAUUAGCAAAAACAAUGGUCCGGCUGUUGUUGUCAUGCAUGUCGAUCAAUCGCUGCAGCUGUGGGCUUUCCUCGAUGUUUACGGCUCCACACAGUCGGUGCGCAUGUUCCGCCAACAGCUGCCCAAUAUGAUUAAUUAUCCACAACAGCCGCUCUCCGCCGCACCGUCGACACAACGCCUGCCACAACACGGCAAUAUGUCAAUUGCUGAAUCGAUGAAUAGUCUGAACAGUCAAAUGUCUGAAUCGCGCAAAAUGUUGCACACGUCUGCACUCACUGUGGCAUCACACAAUACCAUGAACAGCUCAGCGGCGACACUAGCCUCCAUCACGGCCAAUGCGGCGAUAGCGGCUCAAACUCAUUGUAAUGUACCUGCAGCGACGGUGUCGACGGUCACGCCCGUCACCAAAACUAAUGGCAAUACCACGGCGACGGCAACCGGUCACAUGAUCAGUAUGCCAUCAAGUGGUGAUCUCAUACAAAUUCAGCCGAACGGUGGCGGUACUGUAUUGGUUGUGAAUUUGCCACCUGCGAACUCGACACACGAACUGAAUAGUGUGAGUGGUAGCGGUAAUGGUGUGAGCGCGACAAGGCAACCAACAUCGGGUGUACUGGCUGGCGCUUGUUCGACAACGAUGACCAAUAAUCAGUACAUUGAGCCUGUGUCCUCGUUGAACGGUUGCAAUUCCACUCAGGAGAUGAAUAAAUGGAAAGACACCGUCGACCACAGUGGCAAUAGCAGCGCUGGCGCUGAAUGCACAAUCUGCUACGAAAAUCAAAUCGACUCGGUGCUCUAUAUGUGCGGACACAUGUGCAUGUGUUACGACUGCGCUAUCGAACAGUGGCGUGGCGUCGGCGGCGGUCAGUGUCCACUGUGUAGAGCCGUCAUACGUGAUGUUAUACGUACGUAUACCACGUGAACGGCACAGUGAGGCACACCAAAAUAGUAAUACAAAAAAUUAACCUGAAAACAGGGGAAAUGGAAUGCAACAACCUACGCUAAUGCCAAAUGUAGAGCCGAUUUUUUAAAUUAACAAUUUCGCGUUGCAACAAAGCGUUAGAUUAUUACAAUAAUAUAUAAAACAAUGAGAAUGUGAGAGUGUAAGAAGAUGAACACGUAAUUCCUACUUUAGCUGAAAUUGUCUCCUAACAAAGUAAAUAAUACGCGUAUACCAAAAAGGAAGCAAACAAAUAUGAAAAAGGCUAUUAGGCAACACUAAAACCGUCAAGUGCUUAAAUUAAGCAUACAAAUUGUUACUCGCAGUCAAAGACAGAUGAGAUGAAUGAAAGAUAAUCGAUAUAUGUAUGACCGAAUGACUAAACAACUCGCAAUUUUCUUAGAAGACUACAUACAUAAUUAAUAAAAAAAUGCAACAAAAAAACACAAACAAAAGCAAAAAAUUGUCCAAAAAUAUAAGAGAACACAGCACUUAUGAUUAAAAAUAAACUAAAUUGUAAUUGAAACGUAUUAAAUUAUUAGUAACAUUAAAAAGCAGACUAGAGUACUUUAAGAAAAAAGCAAAAAAAAUAAUCUGACUUAAAAGCAAAAGAAAAACAAAAAAAAAAAACGCAUUUACUCUAAAGCAGAGCAGGACACGUGUAGAUUUUGUAUUUAGUACCUAGCAGUUAGAACUUAAAUAUAAUGCUACGUCAAACAAAGACCAAAUGCAGAGUAGUGUUCAAACUCCGCCAACAAUUGAAACUGAACGCUGUUAACAUGCAAAUUGUAAAUUUAAACUAAACUCGAAAGAUAAAAUGCUAAGCGCAAAUAACAAAUAACAAAAUAAAAAAUAAUUAAAUAACAAUUGUAACAGAACAAUAUUCUAAAUUUGUGAUUUUAUAAAAGAAAAGCAAAAAAAUUAGUAUAAUAAUUUAAGCAACAUUUAUUGGCGACGAAAUUAUAAUGAAAUGUAGCUACGAGUAAUAUUUAAUGCAAUAAUAUUUCAAUUUUAUGGUGUUUUCAAAAAUGUGAAGUCCAAAAAAUAUUUGUUUCGCUUAAAGUUCACUUAAUAUUGUGUGAUUAAUUACAAGGCUGAUUGAAUGUUGAAAGUUUAGCUUGAGUUUCUGCGUUAAGAUGCUUCAUAUAGUUUUCUUUAAUGAAAUUAACUAUAAAUACACAUAUUUGCUUGUUUUGCUGAAAGUAUUUUGGAGUGUUUAUUUUUAGUGUCAAUCAGAAGAUUUUUUAAAUUGCGUUAAUAACCAAAUCGGCCUUUUCCUCGCUCAAUUAAUCACAUAAUAUUUUUAUUGAUAGUUACUAUCGGUAUUGCACACUCUCUAUUUGCCGUUAGUUCAGCAUUUUUUAAUAAAUCAUGGAAAAUUCCUAGUUACACAAGUCAAAGCGCAUUUCUAAAGCGUAAUAUAAAAGAAACGUAUAAAAGUCAGUUUCUUGCAUGCCACAUUUUUUAUGUAUAAACAAAACUGCCACAAACUGUUACAACUAUUACAACAAAACUUUUGAAUGCUAAAAGAAACUUGCUAUUAUUUGCUAUUAUUAAUGGCACAAUAAAAACUGCCUAACAAUAUAAAAAACACAAUGAAUCACAAAAAAACGAUCUUAAAAAGUUAACAGCAUUAUCUACUUGUAUUUCUUUCUUUAAGAUGCUUGUGUAAUUUUGUUAAAAAAUAAAAUUUCGGAUUAUACAUAGUUGGAGAGGAAAAUACUUUCCGUAUUGUACAUAUUAGUGUACAUACAUAUAUACGCAGAUUACAGCAAGCGACUUAUCGUUUUUCACCAAAUAUAUAUGAAAAAUCAAAUUUUUAUAAUGAAAAUUUCGAAUAUUUUGAUGAAAUGAAAAACAUUACAAACAUAUUAUUUAUGUGUAUAAAGUGGCAACACUGUUAGUUUCUUUUUUAUAUUAUUAAACAAAGCAGAGUAACUUUUAUAUUUUAUUAAAAAAAAAAUCAUUUCAAUAAUUUAUUAAAAAGCUGUACAAUAAAUAGUAUAGCUAUACAUUAAAAGACAUUUAAGGAUUAUUUGCAUGUUAAGCAUUACCUCUACUUGUCAUUCGAUUUGUUAUCUAUUGUAUUGUAUUUUCCUCAAGUUUAUAAUGAACAAUUUACUGAGCAAGAUAGUUUUAGUUUCCUAUUUUAAGACUUUAAUAUUUUUUAUACUUUUGAGAAAAUUAUACAUAUAUGCUUAUGUUUAGUAUUAAGUUAUUUUUUGUAUUAAUUUCUAGUCAACGAAUAUUAAAAAAUAAAAAUAUAAAUAAUUAAAAAAUAAAAUAUGAUAUAAAUUGUGUUUAAAGGCACGAAGGAAAAGUGAGAUUUAACAAUUUGAAAUAAAUGCAAAAAAAAUACAUAUACAUAUAUAGUGAUCAUGACUAAUGAUAAGGAAAUGAAAUGAUAAUAAAAUAAUAAAUCUUAGUUUAUAUAAUAAAAGAUACCACUAUUGUUAUAAAUGACGACAAGCCAACUAUUUUAAUGCCAGUUUUAAUUAAAAUAUAAAAUGCUACCGAAUUAAAAGUUUUUAGGCUUUUUAAAUAGCAAUUCUAAUAUGGAAAAAACUGAAAGAAAAAUUAAAUCAAAAUCAAUUUUAACUACGAAAUAAUCAUAUAUGUAUGUACAUAUAAACUAAAAACGAAGAACUUAAAUAACACGAAAAAAGAAUUUAAUAUGACAAAUGCCUAAUUUAUUAUUUUUGAAGCAAAUAUAUUUAAAAGCAAAAUUAAAAGUUUACUUUAUUGAAAACCAGAUGUUAACAAAAUAUUUUUAGUGACAAUCGUGCGAGUUCACUUCCGCCAAACAAUUGUACGAUUUAUGUUUAAUAUGAAAACUCGCAUGAAAUCGUUCGUUUAUUUAUUUUUACAAAUUGCUGGCAACCAAUUAUAUUAGAAACUUUUCCUUUUGUUUUAAAAUAAUGCAUGUUGCUACACAAUGAAACACUUGUAAAGAUUUGAAACACAGUUGCAUGCAUAGCGCCAAACAAUAUAUAUAUUUAGAAACUAUACAUACAUAUACAAAC